AUGAAGGGAGAUUCCAACAAGCGCAAUAGGAACAAGUAUUGCUGCUUCUACAGAGACCAUGGGCAUGACACAGACGAGUGUUUUGAUUUGAAGCAGCAGAUAGAAAAUCGUAUCAAUCAAGGGAAAUUGAGAAAUUUCCUUGGACGAGAUCACAAAGACGAGAAGUUGAAGGGAAAGCUAGAAGAGCCGCCACGACCUCCACUUGGAGAAAUAAUGGUGAUUAUGGGAGGUACUUCAAUAGGACAGUUUUCCAAGUCAAGAAAGACGUAUCUCAACGUGGUGCAAAACAUCCAACUCUCUGGACGAUCACUAAGGAUGAGGACGGACGAGCCUGCCAUCACGUUCACAGACGAGGAUGCUGAAAGAGUUCACCACUUGCAUGAUGAUGCAAUCGUUAUCACUUUGCUCAUUGUUGAUUAUAUGACUAAAAAGGUGUUGGUAGACAAUGGAAGUUCAACAGACAUCCUGUAUUACCCCGCCUUCCAACAAAUGAGGUUUGGACGUGAUUAA